UCGCUACUAUGGAGUAAUCAUUUAUGUGCGUAUUUUCGAAGGAGAAUUGACAAAAGGACAAAAAAUUAAGUUUUAUACUAAUCAGCAAAAGAUUUAUCAAGUAGAAAGAGUAGGAGUAAAAACGCCCAAAGAGGUAAAAGUUGGCGAUACUGCACUCGGUCUGAAUAAUAAUUCUUCACCAUUAGAAGGGUACCAAGAAGUAAAACCCAAUGUUUACUCUAAUUUAUAUCCUGGUGAUAGUUCCCAGUAUAAAGAGUUUAAAAAAUCUUUGGAGGAAUUACAAAUACAAGAUAGUAGUUUAAGUUUGGAAACGAUUGACUCACAAUUACUUGGUCCGGGUUUUCGCUGCGGUUUUUUAGGAUUAUUGCACCGAGAAAUAAUUUGUGAAAGAUUGGAAAAAGAAUUUAAUUGUGAAAUUAUUACUACCCCACCUAGCAUUAACUACCGGGUAAUUUUCGCUAAUGGUGAAAUAAUAGAAACCAACAAUCCACAAAAAAUCCCCACCAAGGACAAGAUAAAAAAUAUUGAAGAAUUGUUUAUUUCUCUAAACAUUGCUACUUCUGAGGAACAUUUGGGGGCAAUUUCUCAGUUAUGUCAAAAUAAACGGGUUCAUCGGAGUUUUGCUUAUGAACGAGCUAAAACAACCUGCGAACAAUUAAAAUUAACCCUCAAUCAGCAAACUUUUACCGUUCCUAUUCAAGCUACCAUCGGUAAUCAAGUAAUUGCUCGGGAAACUUUACCAGCUCUCAAAAAGCAUGUAACAGGAAACAUGUACGGAGAAGUAGGAAAAGUUAGUUUUGGGGCUGGUAGUUUAAGGGAACUCUUGAAAGGGAAGUAUCCAAAAGGUGGUGCGUGCUGUGGAGAAUUUGACCAAAAAAAUAGUAACAAAAGGAGAGAAGAAAUUACUGAAUUAGAUAUUAGUAAUAAAAAUUUGGAGGGAAUUUUAAGGCUAGAAGGAUUUGAAAAUUUGAGGAAAUUUGAUUGCUCUGAAAACAAAUUAACAGGCUUGGAACUAGGUAAUUUAAGUGAACUUAUUUAUCUAGAUUGUGAAGAUAAUCAACUUGACAAUUUAGAAAUAAGCAGCAAUACAAAAUUAGUUGAAAUUCUUUGUUCGGAAAAUAAAUUAACUAACUUGGAAUUGAGUGGUUUGAGAUGUUUAGAGGAGAUCGAAUGUUCUGGGAAUUAUUUAAAUAACUUUAACUAUUCAGUUUUGAGCCCUGAUAAACUAACUUAUCUAAAUAUUAGCGACAAUAACCUCCCUGACCAAGAUUUAUCAGUCUUUAGUAAAUUUGCAAAUUUGGAAAAUUUGUGGGUUGGCAAUGGUGAAAAAGAAAGAAUAAUUGAAGGAAUUUAUAAUCGUUUUUAUGGUUCUUUAGAACCUUUGCAAAACAGUACUAAACUGAAGAGUCUCUAUAUUUCUAAUACCGACAUUGACUCCGGUUUAGAGUUCUUGCCUACAAAAAAAAUAGAAACUUUUUGCUGUAGUAGCGAAAGAAAAGGAGCAAAAGUGAAAAAAAUUAGAGAAAAUUUAGCCUUGAACGAAGAAGUGGCAGAAAGCAGAGAAGCGAUGGAUAAUAGUUAUAAAGUUAGAAAAAUUAAACAUUUUCAAUUGGCUCAUAAUAAUCGCCAACAAAAAAAGAUGCUACGCCAAGCAAUAAGUAAAGUUAACCAUGCUAUAAAAUCUACUUAUUUGCAAGUUAUCAUUAAUGUCGCAGAUAAAAUUUUUUUACAAACUAUUGGGGGCGAAUUAAAUCUUUCUGACCGCUUUGUUAUUGAUAAUAAAAUAAAUAGAGAAUUAAGAAGAGUUGGACAAGAAUUAACUCAAUUAUCACUUAAGAAAAUCCAGCAAAAAGAAAUUGAGAGACAAAUUAUUGGCAAAUGGACUGAGGAAAAGAUAAAAGACGCUUUAAAAGGACUUUUAGAAGGAACAAGAAGAGAAAUUCAAUGUUUCGAUGAAAUUGAAAAUGCCGAAAUCGCUUUUUCUUCUGAUGUUGGCAUUGUAUUUUCUUCUAGUGUUCCUGGCGAGACUUGGAAUUUAGCCCGCGUCUGCCAAUGUGUCUAUCUUCCCAAUAUCAAUAAAGCAUUAUCCAAUCAUAUAGAAUAUCACCUUGCUAAUUUAGGAGAUAUAGUAAAAUUUAAAAAAAAAUUAAUUGAGUUAAUUAAUCAGUUUAAAGAAAAUAAUAAAAAAAGAAAGCGAGAAAAUGAUAUUUUUGAAAAAGAGCAACAAUCAGAAGCACGAAUAAUACAAGUUAAUAAAAAAACAAAAAUGUAA